UAAUGCAGAACCAUAUCACUAAGGUUAUGGAUAAACCUGAAGAAGGAUUUGUUGUGCCAGUUGAUAUCUACUUCAACCUAUGCAAUAUUGCUAGUCACUUCAUCGAGGGACAACAAGAAGACGCCCAUGAGUUCCUUCGCUAUACUAUCAAUGCACUGCAACAGGCUUGUCUGAGCGACAGCCAAUAUGCAAGGACAACUUUCAUUUCUCAAGUGUUUCAGGGAUGCCUACGUUCAAGAGUGACGUGUCUGAACUGUACCGAGGCAUCUGACACCUAUGAUCAGUUUAUGGACAUACAGCUGGAUAUUAGGAUGUCAAAGAGCAUUAACCAAGCCCUGUGUCAAUAUGUGCAGCCAGAGCAAUUAGGAGAAUGCAGCUACCGUUGCAGCAAGUAAGUUCCUUUUUCUUAUCUGGGUUUGUUUUUCUUUGCAAUUAUUAAAGGGGUUGUUCACCAUUCAAUUAAAUUUAGUAUGACGUAGAGAGUUAUAU